AUGUUCUCACGCGCAAUGAAACCUUUAGCGACGGUGGCGGUUCAGAAUGGUGCCAAGACUUUCUCCACUUCAAGCCAGAACAAUUACAAAGUCGUGGUCGCUGGCGCGGCCGGUGGAAUCGGUCAGCCGCUCGCUUUGUUACUGAAACAGAACCCCUUAGUCUCGAGACUAGCAUGUUACGACAUCGCCCCGGUGACCCCUGGAGUAGCAGCAGAUCUUUCCCACAUGGACACCCCGGCCAAGGUCACCGGUCACAAAGGACCUGAAGAACUGCCCUCGGCCAUUGAAGGUGCCGAUGUAGUUGUAAUCCCUGCGGGAGUACCCCGCAAGCCCGGAAUGACCCGUGACGAUUUGUUCAACACUAACGCGUCCAUAGUGCGCGACCUAGCGCAGUGCGUGGCCUCCAAGGCACCUAAAGCUCUUCUCGCCAUCAUCACAAACCCAGUUAACUCCAUGGUCCCUAUUGCUUCAGAGGUUCUUAAAAAGGCCGGCGUGUACGACCCGAAACGCGUGUUCGGCGUGACCACCCUGGACGUGGUUCGCGCGGCGGCCUUCAUCGGUGAGAUUAACGGGGUAGACCCUCGCUCUGUUACCAUUCCUGUCAUUGGUGGUCAUUCCGGUGUGACUAUUAUUCCUCUGCUCAGCCAGAGCCAGCCUGCCGUAAAACUGACGGACCAGAAUAAGAUUGACGAGCUCACCAAAAGGAUACAAGAGGCCGGAACUGAGGUGGUAAAGGCAAAAGCUGGAGGCGGUUCGGCAACUCUGUCGAUGGCAUAUGCUGGAGCUCGGCUCACUAACUCACUGCUCAGAGGACUUAACGGAGAAUCAAACGUCGUGGAAUGCGCGUACGUGAAAUCGGAUCUCACCGAGGCCGCCUACUUCGCAAACCCGGUGCUGCUCGGCAAGAACGGAUUAGAGAAGAACUUGGGCUACGGCAAACUAAACUCUUACGAGCAACAGCUGCUCAAGGCGGCCAUGCCUGAAUUGUUAAAGAACAUCAAGACCGGAGAAGACUUCGCAAAGAAGUGA